AUGGAAAUCAAAGUUCGUAAGCUUUUCUGCCUCAGCUUCAAGGGAGUGCCUACAUCUCUGAAGAUUCUUUGUGAUAAUGUUUCUGGUGCUUUUGUGCUUUCCGAGUCUCUAAAUAGAUUAAUUAGCCUGGUACGAACCAAAGUGGAUGAAACGCUCCUCAACACGAUGAUCCGGUUUUAUGAUCCUCUCCUUCAUUGCUUUACAUAUAGGGACUUUCAUUUGGUUCCCACAUUAGAGGAAUUUUCCUCCAUACUAGGAUUACCGGUACUUGAUCAGAUGCCCUACACUGGUGAAGAAGAGAUUCCUAAGUUGGAAGAUGUUGCUGCUGCAUUGCAUUUGCCUCGAUCAGAAAUUAGAAAGGCUUGGGUGAAUAAAGUAGAAUACACUGGCUUCCCUAUUGACUUCUUGUAUGGUCAAGCUGAAAUCUUGAUUAAUGCUGUGAGUAUGGAUGCUCUUGAAAAAGUCCUCGCUUUCCUGAUCUAUGGGCAAGUCUUAUUCCCUCGUUACGACAAAAUUGUGGAUGUGAUUGCCAUUAAGAUCUUCAUCAGCAAUAAUCCCGUUCCUACCUUAUUGGGUGACUUGUUGCAUUCCAUCCAUCAUCGAUCAUCUAAAGGAAAAGGUUGCGUUCUCGGAUGUGCACCUCUUCUACAUAAGUGGUUUAUUUCUCACUUACCCCGUUCCAUAAUAAAGAACGAAGAAGGUGGGACUUGGGUUCAAAGAAUCAUGAGGAUUUCGUACGAUUAUAUCGUUUGGAACCAAAAAGAGUUUGAAGGAACCCAUUUGUUUGAUAGUUGUGGAGAUUUCCCAAAUGUACCUCUUCUUUAUACAACUGGGAAGAAGAAGUUGUUUAUUAGAGCUUGGUCCAUGGUAAAGAAGGUAGAUACGCGAGCAUUGGGACUAAGGAACUACAUCCCUUCAGAUCUUUAUUUUAGGUGGAUUUAUGAUCGAGUUGUUGAGUAUGGUAUGCCAUAUCCAUCUGAUAUCCCUGUUGUAUCAAGGGUUACCCAUCCGGUCAUUCCUUUGGUUUUGGAGCCUUAUGUUCCCGCUCCAAAUGAAGACCUUGCUGCUACUAUUGCUUCUUUAAGAAGAGAAAAGGCUAAUCUUGAAAAGCGCUUACGUAAGGUUGAGGCUGAAAAAGCAAUGUUAGUGGCUGAUGCUAAAGAUCAAGAUGGUAUGCUUGACUAUUUCUCCCGAAAAUGGAAGAUUGAGGAUUUCGUCUCUCUAGAUCAGAUACAAUCAUGGGAACUAGAGAUUGAUAGACUCGUCCAAGAAAGAAACGAGAUGAUUAAAAUGCACAAAGAAGAGAUCAGAAGUUUAAAGAGAAAGCGCCGACUCGAAGACUGA